UGCUACCGCCAUAGCAGUAUUGAAGUAUUAAAACCCUUAUGUAGACUUUAUUUGUAUUAUCUACCGGAUAUUUGCAGGGUUAACACUGCCAGAUUCAGCACUAUAAAAAUGUUAAAAAGUGUUUGAGCCGACACAACAUUACGGAUGAGGUUUUAUCUAAUUAUCAGCCUAAAGCCAAGCUAUACAAAGGUCAUCUUGUCUUUCAGCCAGGGGAUCCCGCUAAUUUCUUUUUCCCGUAAUAUUUCCGUUCUGAAUUGGUUCACAGACGUGUUGGUGUAUAGUAGGAAGGAAGAAGUUAUCUAAACGCCACUAUGAAAAGAAAGCGGCACAACCAGCAGACAUGGAGUGAAGCAGGAACAGAAGUACCAGACGUAGACAAUAGCCCGUUAAUACAUGAAGAGCACAACAAUCUUUGUCUAUCGUUGGGGGACGGAAUAGUAGAAGACAAACUUAAGAGUAUCAAACAGUGGUUUGGUCGUAAGAUCAAACCACGUGAACUGGAGAAAAUAGGCGACUUCUGUGAUCUCUAUGAGUGUCUUUAUGAUCGCGGGAUCAUAGACUUAGGGGAAUAUAAAGAAUUGAGCAAAGCACUCAAUGCGGUUGGCCUUCAAAGAUUGGACAAAGAAAUAAAAAAGACUUCCGAGACAAUCCGAAAGAUUCGUAUCAAAAAGAGAAACAGUAGUGGUUCCAAAAGAAAAGGAAGUGUUCAGAAGGCAAAUGUCAAAAGAGAUUGGAAAAGUGCUAGAAGGAAAUGGGACAGAAUUGGUGCUGAGCUGCUCGAUAGAAGAGCUAAUAAACUACUGAAAAGGAACUUUGAAGAAAUGGGCAUAUUCUUUUACGGCAUGGACAAGGUUAUGAAUUCAAAAGAUGUUGACGUUAAACUGAACAUAUGCUCUCGUGUGACUGGAGGAGUUAACAAAAUUUUGGACAAAAUAUUCACUGAUACAGCCCUCACUAACGCACGGGACUUAAAAAAGGCAACUUGUGUAUUCGUCGAUAAUUAUGGUGCCUCGGUAAUAAUUGCUGCACGAGGUUGCCUGCGGUUAACACUCAGAUUCACAACGAGGUCAGCAUUAGAAAUGAUGUGGGACGACUAUCUGUCUGGAGACCUGUCGAAUAUGUUGACAGAUGACAUUGUGACCAUUCCCAUGAAGGAAAUGGCUGGCUGGGAAGAGAUCUUUGUUGGUGUGAAAAUUGACAAAGCGCAGUACUUAAAUGUUUGCCGUUCUCUCCCCAAUGGAAUUAAUCGUAAGUGA